AUUGAUAGCUCAUUGAUGGUCAAAGCAUGAUUGACUUGCUGACAUGGCUCAUCAAACGUGGCUCUCUCAUCUUUCAUUUCUCAAUAUUGUUUUAUAUUACCCAGUGUUAUUGGGAAAUAGAUUCUUCUAGAAAGGUUUCAAAACUAACAUUAUUCUGUUAGUUGUAAUUCAUUGAGAGUGAGAAGGGCUUUUUUGUAAUAUGGGUUGUCUUCAACCAUGACUGGGGGGUGAGCGUGAUUAAUGAGAGGAUUUUUGGGCAGAAGAAAAGUUGAGGUGGUUGAGAGAAAAUUCCAGAAGAGUGAUUACUCUGUUUUCAGCCGGAGAGGAAUUUUGCAUAUAGCUGUGAUAGCUGGGUUUUUUGUUUGCUCUGCCUUGUAGAGAUUUUGUUCUCUGAUUGUUGAUUUCUGAUAYUGCAUAAUGAAUGGCCUAAGUGGAUGUAGAUCUAAUUUUUGAUCGAACCACUAUAAGUAUCGGUGUUCAUCUUCUUCUUCAUCUUAUUCUUUAAUUCUAUUUCCAUGUUGCUUUGUUGGUUAAUUUCUGAUUAAUCGAUUACAAGAUAUUGAGUUAGUUCCGUGUUUAUAGCUCAAUUGUUACAACAGAUUGGUAUCAGAGCUUUGUCUGAGACUGAAUUAAUUUACUAAUUGUUCAAGUCUAUCAUGGCAGCUAAAUUUGAGCUUGAAAUAUUUGAUGGAAAGGGUGAUUUCUCACUCUGGAAAAAGAAAAUGAAGGCUCUACUGGUACAGCAGAAAGUCGCAAAGGCUCUUGAUGAUCCUUCAAAACUUGCUGGAGCUAAAACGGCAGAAGAGAUAGUUGAGCUUCAAGAGAUUGCAUUCAGUUCGAUAAUAUUGCACCUAGCAGAUAACGUCCUUCGGAAAAUUCAUGAUGCAAAGACUGCUCGUGAGCUCAAUUGUUACAACAGACACGUUGGCCGACGGGACAAUGUUACGCUACAUCAGAGUGUUUCAAUGCUGCUGAAGAGAGAGAACACAUUUCAGAAGUUCGCAGCAUUGACAUGAUAGGGACAACGUCUCAACGUUGCCGCGAGGGAGGCGCGUGCAUUGAGCUUUGCAUAUAUAGCAUUGAGACGUUGAACGCUAUGACGCAGAUUAUUAUAGAACCAUCGUCUUUGUUUAGCUUUAGAGUAGCCGUGGGGAUUAUUGUUUCAGCUGAAUUUUAGAGGGUUCAGUGACAGAUUUGAGGCGACGAAUCGGGACAUUGGCCGCACACAGAGAGGGCAGAUCGAGAUCAUUGUUUGGGGUAAUUGUAUAUUGAUUCUUUGUGAGCUCUUUCAUUCAUGUACCUAAGUAUAGUGUGUUAUAAUACUUACAUGCUAGAGGGCUUUUAUUGGGAUCUGUACAGGGUAAAUAUCUGGGUGAGAUGUUAAGAGUGUUUUGCUUGUAUCUAAUUCUGAUUAUAGUGGAACCCGCAUCUGAGCGGAAGAUUGGACGUAGCCUAUUGGGGUGAACCAAUAUAAAUUCUCGUGUCGUUUAUUCCUUUCCCUA